UAAAAUCAGAAAAUAUAUAGCGCAUACAAAUUAACAGUUGAAUGAAAUUAUAAGUGGGUCCUUUGACAUUAAAAGCAAAAGAAACCCAGCUCUGGAGAAGUUCGAAAAAAAGAUGUUCAAAUAUCACAAACUCUCUUCAAUAUUCCUCAUCAUCUUCAUCUUCCUCUCUUACUUGAUCAAAUCCCACAUCUUCAUCUACUAUGGAUGUUCUCAAGAAAAAUUCCAACCAAACACCCCUUCUGAAACCAAUCUCAACUCCUUACUUUCAUUAUUUGUUUCCUCAUCCUCCCAAGCUUUAUACAGCAGUUAUGCCAUUGGAAACGACACAAACGCAUCUUCAGAAUCUUCUGUUUACGGUUUGUACCAAUGCCGAGGCGAUUUAAGGACACAAGAUUGCGCAAAAUGCAUUAAAGAAGCAGUUUCUGAAGUAGGGUUAGCGUGUCCUUACUCAUAUAGUGGUAGUUUGCAGUUGAAUGAGUGUUUAGUGAGGUUCGAGCAUUAUGAUUUCUUUGGUGAGUUGGAUACGAACCUAAGGUUCAAGAAGUGUAGCAAAAGUGUGAGUCAUGAUGUGGAGUUUAUUAAGCGUCGUGAUGAUGUAUUGAGUAAGUUGGGUGAGGCUAAUCAAGGGUUUAGGGUUGGUAGUGAGGGUUUAGUUCAAGGGUUUUCACAAUGUUUGGGCGACCUAAAUCCAAACGAUUGUAUUUCUUGUCUUGGUGAGGCUAUCUCGAAGCUGAAAAGCUUGUGUCGAUCAUCUGAAGCUGGGGAUGUGUUCUUGGCUCAGUGUUACGUGCGAUAUUGGGCAUCUGGUUACUACAAUUCUCCUCCGGAAUCAUCUGGUGAAAAUCAUGAGGUUAAUAAAGUAGCCAUGUAAGGGUGGCGUCCCAAAUGAAUUUGAAGGAAAGCUUGAUGCUUAAUUUAACCAAUGAGCAAUGCAGAUUUUGAAAUCACGACAAUGAAAUAUGUCUAACAUUUAACUGCCUUAAGUGUUACAAUCAUUUUUGUCGACGGUAUCAAUAUUUCACAAAGAAAACGUUUGUCUAAUAUUUGUGUAUGGUAUGAAAUCUAUCUAUCUAUUUAUCUAUCUCUUAUAAAGAAAGUC